GAAAAAUGCAAGGGAGGGUCCACAGAGUUUAUGCAACAGAAAGGGGCCAGGAGAAAUUGAUUGUUCAUGGUAAUCAUUACUAAUUUAAGAGGUAGGAAAUGUUUUGCUGGUCUCUUCCCCGAGAGAGCAGGUUUUAUGAUUUUACUUCACAAAGCAUAAACGUGCAUAAUGUCCUCAUGAGCUCAUUUUCCGUCUACGUUUGUGAGAAUAAGCAUUUCUUGUCCUCCAACUAUACCCUCCCAUGGCGAUUUUCAGAACUUAACCCCCACAAAUGCAGUGUUGGUGGAAAAGUGGCUUGGCAUUUGAGCAGCUCCUCCUGACAGGACGUGAAUAGUGGGUUCCAGGUACUGUGUAAUGGAUGGACAAAACGGUGGGUGCAAUCUAAACAUCAGUCAGAUUACGGCAAAUUCCAGCUUGCUUCGGGAAAAUUUUAUCAAGAUAAAGAGAGAGAUAAAGGUCUCCAGACCACAGAAGAUGCCAAGUUCUACGCCCUUUCCGCCAGGUUUAAGCCAUUCAGCAAUGAGAAUGAGACCUUGGUGGUUCAGUUUUCAGUAAAACACGAGCAAGGCAUCGAUUGCGGCGGUGGCUACGUGAAACUCUUUCCUGCCGCACUGAACCAGGAAGACAUGCACUCAGAAUCCCAGUAUUACAUCAUGUUUGGCCCGGACAUCUGUGGCUUUGGCAACAACAGACUACAGGUCAUCCUUCAUUACCGAGGGAAAUACCAUGAGAACAACAAGACCCUCAAGUGCAGGAUUAAUAAAGACACUCACCUGUACACACUGAUCCUUCGCCCUAAUGCUACUUAUGAGGUUAAAAUUGACAACGAGAAAGUGACAAGUGGAGGACUGGAAGAUGACUGGGACUUCUUGCCUCCCAAGAAAAUAAAAGACCCCUACGCCAGGAAACCAAGAAAAUGGGACGAACGGCAACAGAUAGAGGAUCCUGAAGAUAAGAAACCUGAGGACUGGGAGGACUCUGAAUUCAUCCCAGACCCAGAUGCUAAGAAGCCAGAUGACUGGAAUGAGGCAAUGGAUGGAGUGUGGGAAGGGCCCCUGAUACCAAACGUCAAGUACAAGGGAGAAUGGAAACCUCGGAUCAUCGACAAUCCCAAUUACCAGGGGGAGUGGAUUCACCCAGAGAUAGACAACCCCAAAUACAGGCCUGACCCCACCAUUGGUCACUAUCAUAAUAUCAGUGUCCUUGGUCUGGAUCUUUGGCAGGUGAAAUCAGGCAGCAUCUUUGACAAUUUCCUUCUAACAAAUGAUGAAGAGUUUGCUGAAGAGGUUGGAAAUAUGACCUGGGGAUUAAGAAAGGAUGUGGAGCAGCAGUGGAGAGAGCUGUAUGAGGAAAUGGAGAAACAGAAGGAGGCAGAGGAGGCCAAGAAGAAGAGGGAAAAGCAGCGAGCCAGGCAAGAGGACGUCUGGGGACUAGACGAGGAAGACGAGGAAGACGAGGAAGACGCUGAGGAGGACGUGGAGGAAAGGCCCAAGCAGGAAGGCAGCGCAGAGAGGGCAACUCUGGAUCAAAGGGAAGCCCGCUUUGAUCAGAAGGAUGAACUGUAACUGCAGAGACAAUGGAAGAAGCAAGAAGACGGUGCCUAGAAAGGGAAGUGGUCACCUGCUUAGCAAAUUAUGGGAAGUAAAAUGACUCAUUCUUUUUAGAUAAACUUUGGAUUUAUAUUUCUACUCCCCUUCCCUGAUCUAUUUGCUUAUUGGUAGAAAGGGAAUGAUAAUUUUAUCUCAUGAAAUGGCCCUAGGGACUGAAUGAGUUAAUGCCUGUAAAAUGCCCAAAAUAAAUACAUUGUUUUAAAAAAAAGUAGUAGUAGUUAAAACUACUAUCAUUAUUAUGGUGUUUAUGAAAUUAAUUGUUGGUAAAUAAGCUUCUAUAUAAACUUGGUUUUUACUUUCAACUGGGGUUUUUCUUAUGUUUAAAUAUAUGCAAUUCUUAGUGUCUAAGCAGUGCUAACAGUUGUACUCAAAGUUUCCUUUCUUGUAUGUAUUGAGCACCUAGAGCCAAAAUCAGAGCAUCCUUUAAAGGUCUGGAAAAAUACUUCAUGAAAGUCACUUGGUUUGCCUGCUGCUCUUGCCUUAAUUUAAAUAACUGUUAACUUGUUUGCAA